AUGGAAGUAGACCAGGAGUCCCAAGUAACUGAGCGUUUACUGGGCUUGAUGAAGGCCGGUAGACCAGGAGUCUCGAAGGCUAUGGAGCUUUCGACGGACGUGGUGAAGGCAAGUAGACUAGGAGUCUCCGAUUAUCUCCUGCUGAUCAGGAUGUCUCCUAUCAAUCUGUGUUUGACUUUUGCUGUGCUAUUUGCUGUUGCCAUCUGUGAAAUUCCCCCUGCCAAACAACAGAGCCGUCCGCCUUACCUAAAGAUAGCCCCUGGCAAUGCUGACUUUGCCUUUCGAUUUUACCAUCAGAUUGCUUCAGAGGAAUCUGAGAAGAAUAUUUUCUUUUCUCCUAUAAGCAUCACUACUGCCUUUGCCUGCCUUUCACUGGGGGCAAAAUCCACCACACUGAGCCAGAUUCUGUCAGGGCUUGGCUUUAACCAGACAAAGAUCAGUGAGCAAGAAAUACAUAAAGGGUUUCGUCAUCUCCUUCAAAUGCUAAACCGCCCAGAGGCUGAGAUUGAGCUGAGCCUUGGAAAUGCCCUUUUCACACAUGAUCAGUACAAACUCCUCAAGAAGUUCUUGAAUGAUGCCAAGCAUUUUUAUCAUGCUGAAGUUCUUCCUACCAAUUUCAAAAAACCUGAAGAAGCUGUAAAGCAGAUCAAUAACUACAUAGAGAAGAAAACCCAUGGAAAAUUAGUUGAUGUAGUCAAACAACUUGAUCCAAAGGUUGUGGUGGUCCUUGUAAACUAUAUUUUCUUCAAAGCGUACUGGAAAAAUCCUUUCAAUUACGAGUCUACUCAAAAAGAUGACUUCUUUGUGGAUGAGCAAACUACAGUGCAGGUUCCCAUGAUGAACAAAGACAGCAAUUUCAAUUUUUAUCAUGAUGAGGAACUGUCCUGCCAGGUUGUCCACCUCCCCUACAAAGGCGAUGCUUCCGCAUUGUUCAUUCUGCCUGACCCAGGGAAACUGAAACAAGUCGAAGCCGCUCUUGGAACAGAUGUGCUGAUAAAAUGGGGGAAGUCUCUGAAACAAUGGAGAUUAGAGCUUUUCCUUCCAAGGUUUUCCCUGUUUACUAGUUAUGAUGUUAAAAGCAUACUAAAUAAAUUGGGAGUUACUGAUGUUUUCACAGACCAUGCUGACCUAUCCAGAAUUACUGGGGCACGUAACGUCAAGGUUUCAAAGGCGAUACACAAAGCUUACCUAAAUGUCCAUGAGAACGGCACUGAAGCUGCAGCCACCACAGUAAUUGAGAUUGUCCCGACUUCCCUCCCACCGAUAGUAAAAAUCGACAGGCCGUUCUUCUUUCUGAUCAUUGAUGAGCUGACCAAGUGCAUCUUAUUCAUGGGAAAAGUGAAAAAUCCAAGUGAGGAGAAGUCACAAAACUAG